AUGAACUCUUCAGCUAACACCGCAUCAGCAACGGCCCUCUGUGGCGUUAAACUCAAACCCUACUCCUGCACUCGUUUGCUACGCUCUCGCGAUCUUUCAAGUAGGAGAACCUUUUGUAGAAUCAAGUGGCACCCCACUAAGCGUUCCGAGCCUUUCUCGCUCCUUACAAGUAAAAUGACCCGCUAUUAUCUUGCCCGACAGACUGCUGUCGAGCCGCUGAUUCAAGGACCCCAGUACGCUCUCGAUCAGCCGCCCAACUGCCCUGCUACUUCGACAUGUAUCUCCAAACUACCGUGUACAUCUUACGACAUACCAGAACUGCACAACCGUUGGUGUCUCCUUCCCUGGAUCCCUCGUGGUGGUGGUAUAUCCCGGCAGCUUGAUGCGCUCCACAUCAACAUUGAGUUGAGAGUCGUAUGUCGGGGCAGAGUAAUUCCCCAACGUUUCGUUCCCACAAACCGUUCGGUUUCCAUUUCCGUCGAAGCAUGUAACGAUGGACUGCGAGCGGCACAUAACCCUUGGGCCAACGCCGCUCAGGCAUGUAAACCGCAGGACGCGCAUCUCAAUUCAAAACCCUGA